CGUUAAACACGAAAAAAAUAUAAUCACGGUUUUGGCCGUUUAUCAAGAAAGAAGAAGAACCUCAUCUAAUCACAUAAGUAUAAAAUAGCUUAUCAUUUAAUGAUACAUGUAAACCAAUGAAUAAGCCUGUUUUAAGUCUCCAGCAGUUUAUAUUAAAACAAGAGGUAAAAAAACUUUAUAGGAAUAUCUUUAGAGCAAUAAAAAAUGUUGCUGAUAAACAUUAUCAAGAAGAAUUAAAGCAGUGGGCCAGACGAGAUUUCAGAACAAAUUCUCAUCAUAGGGAUGAAGUUGUUAUUAAAAUGUACUUGCAAUAUGGUCAAAGAUGUUUAAGAGAAUUAGAAAAUAAUAUAAGCUUGUCAAAAUAAUGUGUGCCAAGAGAA